UUAAAUCAAAUUGCCAAUGAAUACUUUGUAUAUCAAAUUACCAAUGAAUACUUUGUAUAUCAAAUUACCAAUGAAUACUUUGUAAAUCAAAUUAGCAAUGAAUACUUUGUAUAUCAAAUUACCAAUGAAUACUUUGUAUAUCAAAUUACCAAUGAAUACUUUGUAUAUCAAAUUACCAAUGAAUACUUUGUAAAUCAAAUUAGCAAUGAAUACUUUGUAUAUCAAAUUACCAAUGAAUACUUUGUAAAUCAAAUUAGCAAUGAAUACUUUGUAUAUCAAAUUACCAAUGAAUACUUUGUAAAUCAAAUUAGCAAUGAAUACUUUGUAUAUCAAAUUACCAAUGAAUACUUUGUAUAUCAAAUUACCAAUGAACGCAUCAAAUUGCCAAUGAAUACUUUCAAUGAAUACUUUGUAUAUCAAAUUACCAAUGAAUACUUUGUAAAUCAAAUUGCCAAUGAAUACUUUGUAUAUCAAAUUGCCAAUGAAUACUUUGUAUAUCAAAUUACCAAUGAAUACUUUGUAAAUCAAAUUAGCAAUGAA